GAGAGAGAGAGUGGCAGUGCUAUCAAUAAUAAUAUAGAGUAAAAAGUUGUACCUAGAAUAAAAAUAUCUGUAGUAAGUAUCUUCAUGGUAUAAGUAUAAUGAUCACGCAGCCUCUCGCUAUGGCUAUCUCCACAUCAUGUAUCCAUCAGUUGACACCUUGAAGAACCUCAACAUGUCCUUUUCAUGACAUCAACUACAACACUGCACAGGUCGUCAGCAGGAACAGCAACAUACAAAAGUUUGGAUGUCUUUUUUUAUCUCCACCCUCACCUCCCAGUGUGCUUGUUGUUGUUUGUGAAUUGUAUUUUUUUGUCCAGAAGCAGAUAGAAAGGCGUAAAUUUCUUGAUCUUGUUUAUCUAGAAAAACGACAACAGCCUUGUCUUAUUUCCAUUUUCGUUUUAGCACCAGCACCACCUAAAAAGGACAUCACUCAACAUCACUCAACGAGAAAAAAGGAGAACCUUGUCCACGACAAUCGUUGAAGAAGAGGAAGAGCUUUUUCGAUUUUUCGAUUUCAGAGAACCAAAUCGCGCAACAAUGGCGGUACAGAAUUCUUGAUAUUGGAUCUUCAAAAAACGUCUUCUCUCCAUACUAUUACUAGCGUUAUCUGUUAAGUACACAUAAUCUAUAGGCUGAUGCUCUUGAAUCUCCUCUUAUUUAUGCUAUUCCUAUUACUAGCUAGAUCUAUUUCAAUUUCUUGUGACAGGUGGAUGGAGUACUACAAGUUUCUUCAACUUCACGUUCAACCUUCACGUUCAACCUCUCAUCAUUCUUCUCCACCUGAUUCAUCAUUCUUCAUCUCCACGUCAACCUCUUAUCAUACUUACAACUAGGUUUUGUUCAAGAGAAACAAGCUCGUCGUGGUCUCCACAUUCGUCGCGGCCGCACUUCUCACAAAUGUCCAAGCUGUGCAUAAGAACUCCUCCUGUGGUGAUGAGGACCAGAAAGGGAAACAGGAGAAGCCACCAAAAGAUGAAGAUGAAUUCACAGUUAUGACUAUGUGAAGUAGAUAUUAUACUCGUAAUAUGCUCGUCGCCCUGAUGAAAAAGUUAGUUGUAGGAAUUUUACAUAGAAGAAUGAUCUUGCUCUUCAUCAAGUAAGUCCGUCAUACUCAACACCAUCUUCAACAUCAACAUCCGCAUGAAGAUGAUGUCAUCAUUCUAAUGUUGAUUCUCCUGACGGUAAUAGCGAGGACGAGGGACGAUACAUGAAUUUUGCGGUUGAGGCCCCUAGCGUGGGAUCGAAGGCCAAGUGCGCAAGCGGAACAGCGUCGCAUCCUAAAUGCAAGGCAUGGAGAAUCAGGGGAGGAAACCAAUUGUUAUGAAUCAAUGUAGUUGAAGAGGUUGUGGUGGUUGACGUGGAGAAGAACAAAACUCUUCUUACAUUAUGUCUAGAUGAAGUAGAGCUUUCCACUUCACGUAGGAUAUUUUUUUUAACUAAGCUAGCAGUUUGUUCUAGAAGAUCUUCCAUCCACCUAGAAUGAAGUUGUUAACUCGUCUCGUCCAUGUCCUUUUCUCCUCUAGUUUCUUUUCCCUUCACAUCUACGAUGGUGAAUAAAGUAGUAGAUAUGAACAACUAUAUGAACAAAUCGAAUAAUAUUUUCACGACGACCAUAAUUGACCCGGGAUCUCACUCUAAUAGCCGUUGGCAGCAAGUGCUACACCAAGAAGAAGGGGAGCAAGAAAACAUUUUAUGUCUGCAUGCCUGCCAAGGACGCGCACUCGACAUCAAAGGCUACCACGAUGUUUCGGGAAAGAGUGCCGUGUGGCUGCCGCAACGAAUUCGAUUUGGAGGACUCGGCACCGGACGAGAAGUAAGGUGAAGAAGAGCUACUAGGUAGGGAAAGGAACAGUUAAAAGGUAGAAGAUCUAGCAGAAUUAGAUCAACAGAAUUAGUAGAAGUUAUAUAAGGGCAUCCAUGGAGUAAGAUUCAGAGCAAGGCUAGAAAAAUGAAAAGGAAUGAAUAUUUUACUGUUGCACAAGUGGGAGAGAAGCAAAACCAAGGACUCCGAAAGAAUAAAAUCAGUACCGUUCGGUCUAAUCUUCUCUGAAAGUAAGAAGAUGCCAGGAGAACAUAGAUUGAAACUGUAGUUGUACUAAGUUGGUACACCGAGAAGGUUGUAGGGGAGAAAGAGGAUCCGUUUCCCCUAGAGAAAGGAGUCUGCAGAUCAGAAACAAAGGUAGUAAGUUGUAAAUAAAACCAGGCUCAGUUAGAAGUAUGUUAUGUUGUAGUUCUUGCUGUUGAUGCACCGGCAACUUUUGCACUUGUUCACAGUUACACUUAGAAAUAUAUAUGAUCUUCAGUUCGUUGUGUAAUAUCAGUUUCGAACUUCAAGAAAAAUCUACAUCUUCUGAUUAAAUUUCCUAAAAAUGUAGUUUGGCAACAUGAUCUAAGUCUAACGUCAUUGAAAUUGUAUUAAGUAGCUAAGGCUAUCUAUUGUUGAUGAAACUUGACUAUUGUAGAAGUAGACUCAGGAUGGUAAUUGAAUGUUUGCUGGCGUCUAAUCGAAAGCUCAAAAUAACCGAGUAGCCAACUGAAAUAACAGAGUCACCGCGUUGCUCUUGUUUCAGUAUCUCGCUUAUUCUAAGUUGUAGCUACUCGCUUACUUCAGUUUAUCGGAUAGACAGUAGAGGACCCAGGCAACAACAAAAAAAAAGUAUUGUAGACCCAGGUCCC